AUGCAGCCCUUCUCGCGGCACACCGGCUUCUUCGCGUCCCUCAAGCAGGUGGAAGAUCGAUUGGCGGCGGAGGAGCAGCACGAGAGGCCGCCGGGGCCGCGGCAGCCCGAUGCGCCGCCGCUGUUCUCGGACACCAUGACCGCGUCCCCGCUCUUCCUCGGCGCAUCGACGGCCACGGCCACCGACCGCGGCAUCGGCAGCGGCGGCGGCGAGAGCAGCGUCCCGGCGCUGGACUUCUUCACCCUCUCCAAAGACGAGGAGCGGGCGCAAGAGCCCCAACAAGACUCUAACGACGAUGACAACGAUGACAGCGGGGAGGACAUCGCGCGGCUCAUGGCGCUGCUCGGCCUGUCGCCGCCACCAUGGGGCGGCGAUGACGGGCACGGCAGCGGCGGGUGCGACUGCAGCGGCGGCGACGGGUUCUUGGCGAAGGUCGUCGGGGUGGUCGGGCCCAAGUGCGACAAGGAGAAGAGGAGGGUGGAGGGCUGGAUCGAGCAUUACUGCGGCGAUGGCGGUGGUGGGUGCAGGGAGCCCGCGAGGCUGGCGCACCUGCUGCUCGCCAAGGCUUCGUGGUCCUGGGACGGAGAAGGGCCUGGGGAUAGAGCAGCCAUUGCGUUUCCUUCCACGGUGAAGGAGUUCUUGGACCGUGAUGCGCCACCGCGGUUGACGGAGGAGGACGAGCAGAGGGAUACAGACCCAACGCAUAGUUCAGACCUACGCAGUGAUGAACAAUGA